AUGGCAACGUCGAUCAUGAUACUUCGGGUCCUUGAGCAGGAGUUUGAUUUCAAGCUGGCAGAUCGAAUCGAUGUUACUUUGGGACAUUCACUUGGGGAAUUUGCCGCCUUGGUUGCAGGUGGGUACAUACGCGAGGCAGAUGCUCUAAAGCUUGUCAGAAGAAGAGGAGAAGUCAUGGCGCGCUGCUCAAAGGAUUUGGAUGAGGAGGUGGGCAUGGUUGCUCUCGUCUGCGAAAGCGACCACUUGGAGCCCAUGGUCGACGCUAUACAUGCCUUUCUGGGCCACCACUCGGAAGGAACCAAAACGGACAGCCAUUCGGACAAUGACCUCCCCUCUGUGCAACAAGUUUCCAUCGCCAACGUCAACUCCAAAAACCAGAUUGUACUAUCUGGCAGCAUCAAGCGAAUCAACGAGCUCCUUACUCACCUUCGUCAAUUUGGCGGGCAUGACCCGCGUGCAGUCAGGCUCAAGAGCGACUCCCCCUUCCACAGUCCGCUUAUGAAGCCCGCGGCAGACUUCAUGAGGAAGACACUUGACCAACCGUCCCCAACAGAGAAGGACCAGGACAUCAUAAUGUGGCCUGGCAUUAUUCCCUGUAUCAGCAAUGUCUCGGCACGCCCGUUUCAGGGAAAGCAGGAGAUCAAGGAUCUAUUGGCACGGCAAUGCGUUGAAACCGUACUAUGGCACGAUAGUAUUGUGUAUUUGCACAAGGAGGAAAAGGUAAAGCGAUGGGUGGGAAUUGGGCCUGGUAAAGUUGGUCGCAACCUUGUUGGUAAGGAGGUCGGCCUGAAAGGUGCCGUUAAGGGAGGAGGAGUCUGGGGCAUUAGCGAUCCACGCGAAGUUGAAAACAUGAUGAGAGAGUUUGAGAAGACGGAAAUCAUGGAUGAGAGCGAGCUGUAG